AUGAAUCAUAUCCACGUGAGCGCGGUGCUCACGCACUUGUCACAGCUGGCCUCAGUUGACGCUUCUGUUGCAUCUGCACUUGCGGCCGCUGCCCACCCCAGCGCCACGCCGGCUCUGCACCCAAACCAUGGGGCUCUCAACCCAAGCGAACUUCCCAACACGUCACCGGACUCGCGGCACCCGGAGAGCAGCAUUUCGAGUGGUCGGAGUCGGGCUUCAUCCCCGCGACUCGAGGGCAUCCCCGCGGAAUGCCAUGCAGAUGCCGUCACGACAGGGGCUGUCAGCGGUCCGGCCGUUGACGGCAUGGGCGAAGACCCUGCUUGCGUACGUGAACUGCUGCGCGUUCUGCUCACCCUAUUUUACGAGCAAUUGCCGUCCUUCGAGCCGCGACAGCUGGCCAACACGGCGUGGGCGCUGGGUAAGUGGCCAGCGGGGCUGGCGGGCCGCGACGACGCGCUCGUUGCCGUACUGGACGCGUCAAUGCCGCUGCUGCCUCACUUCGGAGCCCAAGAGCUUUCCAACCUGCUACACGGCUGGGCGUCGUGUGUAUCCUCCUCACGUGCGGGUGCUGCCGCAAUCACCACCACCACCACCGGCGGCGGCAACGGCAACCGCAACGGCAACGACGAUGGGGGCAAUAGCACAGCCUCAGUCCCUGCCGCAGCCCCAGCUCCGUUACGCAACAGAUCCCCCACCGGUCCACCUCCUGUGCCUCCGGUUAAUAAGCCUCUUUCGCCACUGGGACCCCAGCAGGAGCGCCGGGGGCCUUCGACGCCCGAGUUCCCAGUGACCCAGUUUGAGCCGCAGCGGUUCCUAGAGGCCCACUGCCGCGCAUGUGCGCACCAGCUGAGGCGGGGUCGGUUCAAGAUGCAGGAGCUGUCGAACUUGUUGUGGUCCUGGGGUGUGCUGCUCGGCGUCGGAGCUGGAGGCGCGGAGGCAGGGCCGGGCGGGGCGGGGCCCAAGAGAAGCAAUAGCAGCAGCAGCAACAACAACGGCGGCGGCGGCGGCGGCAGAUCCUCGUCUUGGAUCCCUGGUUUUCUGAGAAGCGGGGAGGGGGUUGUCGGUAGAGGGCAGCCAUCUGAUGGGCCGAAGGCGAUAGCGGCGGCGGCGGCCGGGGGCAGGGACGUCGCAGCGGUGCCGUACCUGGAGCUGCUGACGGCCCAGCUGCAGCUGGGCAUGUCGUCGGCGGGUCCCCAGGAACUGGCCAACAGCAUGCUAAGCCUGGCUCGGCUGCAGGUGCUGCCUCCCCUGGAGUGGUUGGAGGCGUUUCUUCAGGCCUCACGCGGACACCUGUUGGCGGAUCUCAGCCAACAAGCAGUCCCCGGAAGCUGUAACGACGGUUCCAACGGCGCCAGCGGCAGCGCUGUUGACUCGCGCUCCGACUUUCCCCCGUCGCGGCAACGGCUGAUGCCGCCGCCGUCGCGACUGACCCACGGGUCAGCAGCCGCUGCCCGCGUCGGCUUUAGCCCUCAGGAGCUUUCCAACCUGCUGUGGGGUUGUAGCAAACUCCACUUACGGCUGCCACCGGCCUACCUGGACGACGUGGCGCCCGCACUGGAGCGGUGUCUGCCGCUGAUGACGCUGCCGGAGAGAGUCAACGUGCUGUGGGCCCUGGCCUGGCAGGCUAAGCUGGGCGUCGGGGACCACUGGGGUCCUGCCCUGUGGAACGCAGCGGCGGUGGCGGAAGAGCCGGCGGAAGCUGCAGCAGGGGCCCCCGGGCCCUAUUGCACCCCGGGCGGCGGUCCUGACAGAGAGCGCGUGCAUGGGACAGCAGGCGCCGCACACGAUCGGGGCGUCGCGGCGUGUGGGUGGGAAGGCAGCUCGGCAGGGAGCAGGACGGAGGCCCAGGUGCCGGAGUGGGUGCGCCGGCAAGGCGCCGGCCGGGAGAUUGAGCGAGGGAAGGCUGUCCUCGCUGCACUGGCUGCGGCAGAGGCGACGGCGGAGGAUGACGGAGGAGGGGCAAAUGACGGGGAGUUGCUCCAGGGGGUGGUGGCUGGUGCGGCGGGUCUUGGGUUCGGAGCUGGACGACCAGCUACUGCUAGGUAUGGCGACGUUGGGGAAAGGCUGGAUGGGCGCGGAGCUCCGACUGCGGACGUCGGGUCGCAGUGCGGCAGUCCGGAAGAAGAAGCGCGUGGCGAUGUGGAUGAUGGCGAUGAGUCGCUUGAGCUCGAAAUGGACCAGCGGCGGCGGGACGUUGCGGCCGCAACAGGGGCUGGCGGCAGCAGCAGCACUGCCGUGGUGGCGGCUGCAGCAGCGGCCUCGGCGGCCACCGGAGCGCCCGUGGACCAGGAUGAGGCCAUAGGAUUGCUUCUGGGCCCCCGGACGGAGAACUCAACAAUGCUCCGAAACCCCCUGCGGCCGCCGCCGCCGCCACCAUUGCCGGACCUCGAUGCAGCCCAGCGCCAGCGGGCGCAUCCUGCUGGCGGGCACCAGCCGCAGGCGGGGGAGAAGACUGAUUCGAAUCCGAAGCGCGACGUUGACGUCGUGAAUCAACCUAUUUCUCAUGAGUCCAAUACCCAGUACCACUUGCUGCACCAGCAGCAACACCACCACCACCACAGGCAACAGCAGCAGCAGCAGCAGCGGAAGGGUCGGGAGCUGCGCACUACACUGGUGAACCCCCCUCUGGAUCAGCCGGACGUGUCAGUGGCGCUUUGGUCGGUUGCCACCCUGGCCGCAUCCUCGUUUUCCGCAUCCACUGCCAGCCGCACUGAUGCAUGCAUGUCGCUGCUGCCGACGCUGGCGACGACCAGCGCGGCCGCGUCGCCGGCGGCAGCUGACGGCGGCUUCUUCCCCGUUGGCCCCGACAGCCCCGUCGGCUUUAAUCACCGCGGCCAUAACCAGACCCACGACUACAAUCGCCGUGGAGAACGCAUUGUUAGUGCAGUUGUGGAUGGCGAUGUUGAUGGUCGUAUGGGUAACCUUACCGAUCAUGCUGAACGCAAUGGUGAGGCGGCAGCUGACGGCGUUGCUUCUUCAGCUCACGACACAGUCAUUACUUUUUCAGUUGGCGGCAAUGGUGCUGUCCGCGUCAGCGCGCUGCUGGAGCCACAGGAGGCGGAUGCACUGGUCCGGCUGUGGAGCCGUUGGCUGGAGGGCAUGUCGCCGCAGGGCCAGGCCAACUGCAUCUGGGCGGCGGUGCGGCUGCGGCUGCGGCUACCGCACGACCUGCAGAGCCGCCUGGCGACCUGGCUACAUCGCCGAGCAGCGGAUCUGGGACCCGCCGAGACAGCGGCGGCGUUAAGGGGCCUGGGGCUGCUAAGUGCGCAGCUGCGGCCGUCAGCGGAGAUGUCACGCGCCGCAGCGGCCCUGUUGGAGCAGGCGUACGUGCGCGCCGGGCGCUAUGGAUUGUGUGAGCUGGCACAGGUCUGUUACGGCGGCGCGCUUCUGCUGCGAUGGGUAGGGCGAGCGGGCGCUGCUGCUGCUGCGGACUUGGAGUCGGUGCACGGCCUGACAGUCGGUGCCGGCGGCGACGGCCUGCCGGCAGCACCGCAGCAGCAGCAACAGAUGGCGCUGCUGCCUGCCGCCGCGGCGGUGCGGAUGAGCAUGGAUCUGGAAGACGCGGGUGUCUUUUUGCCGGCAGUGGGGACAGCGCUGUUGGCCGCAGAUGGCAGUGGUGGUGGUGGUGGCUUUUCACCGUUGGCCGCCGCUGCGGCAGCCGCGCAGCAGCGUCGCCUGGCGCAGCCGCUGGAUGCGCUGUUGGGCCGCUUGCAGAUGGCGUACCGGCGGGAGGAUGGCCGCGGUGCCCCACCACGUCCGGACGCUGGCACCGCUCCUGCAUGCCAUCGCCGCGGCGGCGGCGAGCUCUGUACGAGCCGCCAGGGCUCUAGCAUGGACGAGUUCACCCGCAGCGGCCGGUUGGCGGAGCGGCGGGAGGAGCUGCGACAACUGCGACAGCAGCAACAACAACAACAACAACAGCAGGAGCAGCAACAACAACAGCAAGACCGGGAACAGCGUCAAAAUCCGCAAUCGGCGAACUGGGUCGCCUCUGGUCUCAGCACGAAUUGGCUGCAGCGCUUCUGGGCCACCAGUGCACCCUCCCUGGAGGAGGUCUCCCCCAAGGAAGCCGCCAUGCUGCUGUGGGCCAUGUCCUCUUUGGCUGUACAGCCGCCUAGCCCAUGGAUUUCGACGCUGCUGCGCGCUGUGGAGCCGCACCUACGCGCCGCCGCAGUCCGUGGCGGUGCCAGCGGCGGGGGAGGUGUCUCUGACCAGACUCUGGGCGUCUUGCUGUCCAGUCUGGGUCACCUGCGAGUGCGACCCUCCCCUGAGUGGAUGGCGGCGGCAUUGGCGGCAGUGGACGUGUGGGCGACGGAGGGUGUCGACGAGCGAGGCAGCGAGGGCCGUGGAGGGCGGCGGCGGAUGGACCCGGCGGCUGUACUCGGUGUGCUGUGUGGGCUGGCUUACCUGGAAUGUCCCCUGCCGGUGGAAUGGAUGGCGCGGCUGGUGCGGGCGGUGGCACCCCAGCUGCAGUGUUUGACGCCCGCGGAACGGACCCGGGCGUACAUGGCGGUGGCGAGCUUGGACGCGGCGCUGGCGGAGCGUGUGGGUUUUGAGUUUUCAGAGCUGCUGGCGGCCGGCAGGGUGGGGCGUGGCCGUGGAGGGGCUGGGGCCGUGUCGGAGUGGGAGAGGGGGGAGGAGGGCACGGCGCAGCAGCGGACACUCUUCACCCGGUCUCGGGGGGGUUGUGAAACGGGAUGGGAAGUGUGCGGUGGGACCCUCGGUGCGCUCGGUCGCGCCCUCAUGUGCAAUCACGGGCCCACUGUGACUAGCGGCGCGGAGUGA